AUGCGACGAACCCAACACCAUGGGAUAGCGAAGGAUUCUCGCCGAAGAUCCCCGCUCCCGGAAUCCUCGGUGCUCGGUCAGACAUCUCGGUCCUGUAUCAUCUGUCACCGACGAAAGGUUCGCUGCGACCGCAAAGAACCUUGUUCUAACUGUGUCCGUCACGGUUCCACAUGUCAAUAUCCAAAGACGUCGGCCCAGGAAUCGCCGAGGAAACCGCCGUCGUUACAAGACGUGACUGAUCGAUUAGAGAGGGUGGAAACACUUCUGCUUGAGGUAUUAAAUAAAGGUAGAGUCAGCAUCCAUGCAAAGGAUCUGAAUGAGGUUCCUGAAAUAUCUACCGAUCCACCUCCCAUUGUCAGAAGGCCCUGGGAAACACUUGUCACAGAUGGGAAGAGAAUUCAAUAUGUGGACAACACAAAUUUACUGGACCUAUUUCAAGAUGAGGAUCGAAUCAAUCCGCCCGAAAUCCUAUCAUCCCAACGGAUCGCCUCAAAACGAGGUCGUGGCCUGAACCUUACUGUAGGACUUCCAUCUGUUGUUACAGAUAACAGCGCGGAUUGGCAUCAAUUGUAUCCUGAUACCCAAUUGGCGCUGAAACUAUGGACCACGUACAUUGAGAAUGUCGAUCCCGUUCUCAAGAUCCUCCAUAUUCCCACCAUGCAAUCAUCCAUGAUCAAUGCGAUAUCUCAAUCACAGCCUCAUAGUUAUUCCAUGAGUGCGCUAGUUUUUGCAGUGUACUUUGCUGCUGUGACCAGCUUGUCCGAGGAACAACUUCCGCACUUAACAGCAGAAGAUCGAGAAGUGAUGCUCCAGAAAUACAAAAAGGGGAUCAAUCAAGUUAUCACGGAGGGUCAGCUGUUCAAUGAGCCAGAUCUGACUGUCCUCCAGGCACUCGCCAUUUUUGCUACUAGUUUGCGAGUCCAUGAUAACAGCCGGACCGUCUGGAUCCUUAUUGGAACUACGAUAAGGCUGGCGCAGUCAAUCGGAAUCCACCGAGAGGGGGCAUCCCUGCGUUUAAGCCCAUUCGAAAGCGAAAUUCGGCUUCGCCUUUGGUGGCAUCUUUGUUUACUAGAUUCCAGAGCACCUGAAGAUCACGGAUUUGCAAGGAUAGAGAGCUUCAACCACGACUUGAGGCUCCCUCUCAACAUCGAUGACAACCAGCUGUUCCCGACAAUGGAGAAAUUGCCACAGGACGCUGAGGGAUGGACUGAAACUAGUUUUGCCAUUAUACAGCUUGAGGUUGCUAGGCUACUUCACCAGGUGCUAGGGGAGAGAACGAGGAAUAUUGAUAUUCUACAGGAGCUCGCGGAGAAGAGAAAAAUAAUUGACAGUCACAAAGCGUCGAUUGAAAGGAGGUUCUUCCCUAAACGCAUCUGUUCAACGAUACAAAAGGCAGCCUCGAGUCAUUAUUAUGCCGCUUCAUCAAAGAUGGUUUUCAUGCUUCAAGUAAGAGAGGAUCUGCACGUGAACAACCAUCGAGCGUGUCCUCGUGCGGUUCACCAAGGUCUCAGCGAAAGGCCUUUCAGAUCAGCUUGCGACACACUCAGUAAGGGAUGGUCUUUGGUGAGCGGCGAAAUUUCUCCCAAGUUUGUCUGGGUCUUCAAAGCUUAUACCCAGUGGUAUGCGCUGGCCUAUGUUUUGAGAUACCUGUGCGCAUUCCCUUCCAGGCCCGAGACAAAAGAAGCACGAGUCCUCGUUAACAAAACCUUUGGUACAAUAUCCAAUGGCUUACACGAGCAUAACUCUAGUAAAAGCAAUAUCUGGCGAUGCUUGCUUUGGCUACAGCGCCAGGCAUCAGAAGCCGAAAUGAAUGCAGGGGGGCCUUCGGCUGAUCAUCAAAACCAUACGGCUGUCCACGAUAGCAUGGAAGUGGUGGCAGAUGGGUCCGUUUCUCAUAACCAGUCCGGAUCUUUUCUGCCAUCUCAUAUAACAAUACCAAGGCAUGACAAUAAGAACUCAUCCGCAUCAAACGCUUUAGACAUACCAAGCAUACCAGAUCAAUCAAUAGGGAUAUACGAACAUGCCGAAGUCGAAUGGCAAGAUGGAGAUUUCGCCUUUGGGGAUUCCAUCGCCCCAGAAAUGCUAUACUUGCCAGAGUGGAGUGAUAUUGUCAACAGAGGGUUUGGAUGA